CACAGAUGAUGCAGGCGCAGAUGCAGAUGAUGCAGGCGCAGAUGCAAGUGCCCGGCACGAUCGCUGGUGGCAUGCCCCAGGGUCUGCAAGCGCAGAUGCCAGGGAUGGCUCCAGGGGGCUACCCGCAACCCGUGGCCGGCAUGACUGGCGGGAUGGCGAUGCCUGCCGGCCAGGUGCCCGCCGCGGCGCCCGUGGCCGCGCCGCCAGCGGCGCUUGGGGCCGAGGAGGGCGGCAAGGACUGGGGUCCUGACUUCCAACUUGUCGUCGAGGCCCUCAGCGACAUCGAAAAGGAGUACUACGGGUUCCUCUGGUCGAACGCCGAGGUCGCCCAGGGUGUCCUGCAGGGCAAGGCCGCCUUCGACUUCUUGUCAAGGUCGAAGGUCCCUCGCGAGAUCCUGAAGCGGAUCUGGAGCCUGUGCGACUGGCACAAGCUGCACUACCUGCGAUUCCAGGACGGGGGUCGGGCCAGGGCCGCCCCGCGCCGCAGCCGCAGCCGCAGUGCAGUGGCCCCGCGCGCGCCGGCAGGGAGGCGGGCUCUGAGGAG